UAUUGUCUGGCAGUGGCAUCUCUUGAUGCCGUAUAGUUUUGGCUGUUUUGGAGUAUUUGUGAGAUUUUGCUGAAGCCUUGAAUUUUUCGUAUUACACAGUGAAUAUUAGUGAAAAGUGCAUUUUGUGACAUUCAUAGGAAUAGACUUUCCCCAAAAAUGGCUAAUAUUGGCCCCAAGAAAGACGGCGGGCCCAACGUAGAAUAUUUCCAAUCACCGGAAUCGCUAGCUCAAUUCGAUCAAAUUCGUGUUUGGUUGCAGAAAAAUUGCAAAAAGCAUGUCCAAACAGAUCCUCCAACAAAGGAGGGCCUGGCUCAACUGGUCAUCCAGCUCAUCCAGUACCAGGAGAACAAGUUGGGGAAGAAUGCUGCUGAUCCACCAUUUUUGAGGCUUCCAAUGAAAGUGUUCAUGGACAUGAAGCCCGGCGGCUCGCUGUGCACGGUGCUCGCCACCAUGUUCCGUUUCAAGUCGGAGCAGCGGUGGCGCAAGUUCGACUUCCAGGUCGGUAAGAACCCGUCGCGCAAGGACCUGAACGUGCAGAUGAUGAUGGAGAUCGAGUCGUCGCUGCUGGGCGCGGAGGUGGUGCGCUCGCCCAGCGUUUUCAUCCGCCCCGACGUCGACAAGGCCACCGCCAACAAGGUCAAGGACAUCGUCGUUAACCGGCAGGGGGAGAUUUGCGACGACGAAGAGGAUGCGACGCACAUCAUCUACCCGAACGUGGACCCCGUGGAGGAGGAGUACGCGCGGCCGGUGUUCCGGCGCGGGUCGCACGUGCUCGUGCACUGGUACUACCUGCCCGACAGCCACGACACCUGGGCGCAGGCCGACUUGCCGGUUGAUGUACCGGAGACGGCCAACUGGGAGUGCACGCGCAGCGAGCCGUGGCGCGUGACCGCGGCGUGGGUGCUGGACCUGCCGCAGUACAACGAGUGGAUGAACGAGGAGGACUACGAGGUGGACGCGGCGGGCAAGAAGAAGGUGCACAAGCUCCGUUUGUCGGUGGAGGAGCUGAUGCCGGGCGGCGAGUCGUCCAGCAAGAGCAAGAAGGGCAAGCGCAAGCGCUCGCCCUCGCCGCCGCCUCAGAAACUUGCCAAGAGGAAGAGCCGCGUGACUAAGAAGCGCGACAACGACGCGGACGACGAGGACGACGCAGCGUCGCGCGACAACACCGACGUGGCGCCCGCGCCCGAGCCCGAGCGCCCGCCCGAGAGAGAAGCCCCGGCCCCGGAGCCCGCGGCGUCGGCGACGAGCAGCGGCGGCGGAGCCCGCGCCCGCCGACACGGCGCCCGCCACGCCCGCGCCCGUCAUGGACGCGCACGACGACUCGCAGGGCAAGCACAGCGACUCCAACACGCAGUCGCAGACUUUGGUGGACACAUGGUUAAUUUUGUACAUAUCGCGUUGCGCAGGAACUUCAUGAUCGACACGUACCGGCUGAACCCCACGGAGUACCUGACGAGCACGGCGUCGCGGCGCAACCUCGCCGGCGACGUGUGCGCCAUCAUGCGUGUGCACGGCUUCCUGGAGCAGUGGGGGCUCAUCAACUACCAGUUGGAGGCGGAAUCUCGGCCGACGGCCAUGGGCCCGCCGCCCACGUCGCACUUCCACGUGCUCUCCGACACGCCGUCCGGCCUGCAGCCGCUCAACCGCGCCGCCUUACCGAGACCAGUGGAGACAGCAGCGGUGCCGAAGACGGAGGCGGGCCUGCCGAACGGCGUGGACACGACGGCCCCGGCGGCCGCCGUCAAGGCCGAGAACCUGCUCGAGGUGGGCGGCGCGCCCGGACUCAAGCUCGACCAGUACCGCGGCGGAGCACGCGGCCGCGAGUGGACGGAGCAGGAGACGCUGCUGCUGCUGGAGGGGCUGGAGCUGCACCGCGACGACUGGAACCGCGUGGCGGCGCACGUGGGCACGCGCACGCACGACGAGUGCAUCCUGCACUUCCUGCGCCUGCCCAUCGAGGAGCCCUACGUGCAGGACGGCGCCUCCGGUGGCGUGCUAGGCCCGUUGGCGUACCAACCGAUCCCUUUCAGCAAGCAGGGCAACCCCGUGAUGAGCACCGUGGCCUUCCUCGCGUCCGUGGUCGACCCGCGCAUCGCUUCCAAAGCUACCGGAGCCGCCAUGGCAGAGUUUGCCGCCAUCAAGGACGAGGUGCCGGCGGCGAUGAUGGAGGCGCACGUGAAGGCGGCGGAGGCGCACGGGCCGGCCGCGGCGCUGGCCGCCACCGGCAUCGCCGGCACCGCGCCCGACCUGCCCCUGCCGCCCGCCACCGAAAAGAAGGAAGGCGGCGCCGAAGUAAAAACGGAGGCGAUGGAGGUGGAGGAAGGCGAGGUGAAGCCCAAGGAGGAGCCCGCCGACACGCCCGCGCCCGACGAACCCAAGGACACCAAGGAAACGCCGCCCGCCGCCACAGAAAGUUCGACACCGUCAACAGUGGACGCGAAAGUGCAGUCCGCAGCCGCGGCCGCGCUGGCCGCCGCCGCCGUCAAGGCCAAGCAUCUCGCCGGCGUCGAGGAGCGCAAGAUCAAGUCGCUUGUGGCGCUGCUGGUCGAGACACAGAUGAAGAAACUGGAGAUUAAACUGAGACACUUCGAGGAGCUCGAGGCUACUAUGGAGCGCGAGCGUGAGGGGUUAGAAUACCAGCGACAGCAGCUCAUCCAGGAGCGGCAGCAGUUCCACCUGGAGCAGCUGAAGGCCGCGGAGUUCCGCGCCAGGCACCAGGCGCACCAGAGGUACGUUCGGCUCGCUUUAUUCUUUGUUCUCAUUAUUAAGCAGAAGCUCAACUGA